GAAAGGAAGGAAAAAUGGCUGCCACUGUGUUAGCUGCACUUCCUACCAGACUCUCUUCUACCUGGCGAUUUUGAAACAAAGUUACCAUGAAGAAGCGAGACCAGAAAAUGACUCCUGAGCAGGAUGCCCUGCAGUACAUAGUUGCUUGCAGAGACAAACCCUUCUUGGAAAAAAGAUUUAUAGAUUCCUUUAAAGGAAAAGGAGUGUUCACCCACAAAACCAUCAAACCGUCCUCGUUUGUUGUUGAAUAUCGUGGAAAAAUGAUUUGUGAAAAAGACAAAAGGCCUGAGAAGAGACAUGGGGAUACUUUGAAAGGCUUCUUAUAUGAGUUUUCAUGGAAAGGCGCACAAUGGUGCGUUGACGCUUCGAAAGAGGACGGGAGCCUUGGAAGGCUUGUGAAUGAUAAUCACACAAGUCCAAACUGUGAAGUGAGGAAGGUUGCUUGUGAGGGGAAGCCACACUUGUGCCUGUUUGCAGUGGAGGAAAUAUCUCCAGGCGAGGAGAUAACCUACGACUAUGGAGAUGCAUCCUAUCCGUGGCGCUCGACGGAGGACUGCGAUGGUUCAAGCACUUCAAACACAGGCUUUUAUGUAGCUUCAUCAACACCAAAGAACAAAAGAGAUGAUGACUCGGCUGCUUCAAAUUCUGAGGAAUCUUGCUCCGAUGACGACGACGAACUACCCGGACCAAGUCGUGGGAGUGACAGCUUUACCAACGUCAAAACUGGGCUGGACUUCAGGGGCAGUUCACCGUUUACCAGUCUAGAUUCUUCUCAUGACAUGGCAGGAACCCCACAGCAACGAGGCGACAUUUCACCUAUCCGGCAUGAUGAAGAGUCUGCUUUGAGCUCCAAUGAUCACGAGUCAGAUGAAGACUAUGAACCCAGUGAAUCUGAACUAAAGCGCAGCUGCCGUGCUAAAGUGAAGAGCAAAGACAUGUCUUUUGCUGUUAAAAAUUAUUGUUAUGUAUGCGGGAAAGGUGUCAAGAAAAUCGCUCGUCAUCUUAGGGGGCAUGCUGACGAAGAACCUGAUAUCGCCGCAGCUUUCGCGUUACACAAAAGAUCAGCCGAACGUAGAAGGCUGCUUGACAAGUUACGAAACAGAGGAAACUUCAGACAUAAUCAAGAGGUGUUAAAGAGUAAUACCGGAGUGCUAAAACUGAGAAGACGACCAAAAGCUGAGGCAGUGAAUACAACAAAAUUUGUCCACUGCCUGUAUUGUAAAGGCAUGCUGAAACGCAGUGAAAUAUGGAGGCACGUAAACAGAUGUGUUAAGAAAAUGGCAGCGUCUGCAUGUGGCAAGGCGGCCGACUUAAGUGAGAGUCCUCUAGCAGAGUCAGGCGUCUCACAAAAUCUUCCAUCUGGUGUGUGGAAGAUACUUAGCGCUAUGAAACAAGACGAGGUGGCAUUCGUAGUUCAAAACGAUCCCCUUCUAAUACAGAUGGCCCAGAGUUUGUCAGAAGAGUACGGAAACGAUCCAAGUAUGCACGAUUGCAUCCGACAGAAGCUGAGAGAAAUGGGAAGACUCUUGUUAGCGCUGCAUGAAAAGUCCAUAUUUAGCUUUGAAAAUGUUAUCAAACCCCAUAACUUCUACAAAGUUGUCAACGCUGUCAAAAACCUUGCCGGUUUCAAUGUAGAGGAGCAGACCUACAAGAACCCAAGUCUGGCUUUGAAAUUGGGAAAUUCGCUCAAAACUUUCGUCGACGUUCUCGUCAGUGGGGCCGUGAGCAAUAAGAAGAUAGUGAAAGACACAAACGCAUUCAUGAAUCUGUGUGAAAAGAUGUGGACUGAACUCGUCUCUCAAACCGCUGUCGCUUCGUUGAGGAGGAGGAAAGCAAACAGUCCGUCUACGAUACCGUUCACGCGAGACGUCCAGGCUUUCUACACGUAUCUGGAAAAAGCGUCGGCCUCUGCCACUGAGAGCAUGACAGUGAAUGAAAGCCCUCAGGUGUACGGUGCUCUGUGCAGGGUGACACUUGCACAGGCAUCGAUCUUAAACAAAUGUGCACCCGAAGUUUCAAAAAUGACCCUGAAGGCAUUCCAGGAGAGAGACGACACUACCCGAGUGCUGUCCAAGCACUUCAUCAGGAUAAAUAUUCUGAGCAAGACAGGCCAGAAUGUCGCGGUUUUGUUGACGUCACAACUUGUCAAUGCCUUAACGCUGCUUGUGAGCAAGAGGCAUGCAUGUGACGUACAUGAAGAAAACCUUUUCUUGUUUGCGAAGCCAGAAUGCGUCUCAACAAGCCACUACCACGGAGGCAACUGCAUCAGGGCGUUUUCAAGUCUGUGCCGUGCAAAGCACCCGGAGCAUCUCAGGUCGGUGCAUCUUCACAAGCACACCGCGAGAAUCUUCCAGAUUCUUAACCUGGAGAACGACGAGCUCGAUCACCUCGGUAAACUGCUCGGCCAAGGCAUCCUGGCUGACAGGGACUACUAUCGUCUGCCAGAGGCGGCGGUUGAACUUGCAAAAAUUGCCAAACUGCUUCUGGCAAUGGAAAAAGGUUCUCUGGAAAGAUUCAAAGGAAACUCUCUGGAGGAAAUUGAAAUUGAGGAUGAAUUGGAGCCUGACGUGGAGCAGGGCAACCCCGAAAGCGUGGAUGCUGAAGAGGACAAUGAAGAGUCGGAGCUUCUACUUCCAGAGAGCGAUGAUGUGGAACAACAAAGCAGACAGCUGACUCCUGAGCGAGAUGCCCUGAAGCACAUCAAGGCUGGCAAAGACAAAUCCUUCCUUGAGGGAAUCUUUAUCGACUCCUUUAAAGGAAGAGGUGUGUUCACCCACAAAUCCAUCGAACCGUCUGCCUUCGUUGUUGAGUUUCGAGGGAACAUCACAACUCGCGAAGAAACCCAGGAAAAGAAACGCAGAGACGCUCUGAACGACUAUUUGUUUGACUUUUCAUGGAAGGGAACAAACUGGCGCAUCGAUGCCUCAGCAGAGGACGCGAGCCUCGGCAGGCUGGUGAAUGACGACCACUUAAGUCCCAACUGCAAAGUGAGGAAGAUGGUUUAUAAGGGGAAGCCACGCUUGUGCCUGUUUGCACUGAAGAAAAUAGCAGCAGGCGAAGAGAUAACUUACAACUACGGGAAGUGCUCUUACUCGUGGCGCUCAACGGAAACCAGUGAAGAACAGAACACGUCACUGACAGACUUGGAUGCUUCCUCUCCAGUGGAUGAAAAAGCUGAGGACUCGGCAGAAGCAUCCAAUUGUGCAGAAAACUCCUCCGAUGAAGACUAUGUCUGUGAGGACGAGCCGAGUAGUGAUGAAAGUUCUACCAGCGACAACGAUGAGCCAAUUCAGGAUUUGUGGAACAGCCAAGAUGCCUCAGAGUAUGCUUCCGGUAAUGCGUCCAUGCAGAAGGAGAAGGAGGAGGAGGAGGAGGAGGAGGACACCACUGAUGAUUCUGAAGCUGAUGAAAAGCCCAAAGACCCUCUCUGCACUAACAGGAAUUUCUGUUAUGUUUGCGGAAAACCUCAGACUAAACUUGCUCGUCACCUUUUCACCCACAGAAAAGCCGAGCCUGAAAUCGCGGAAGCGUACGCGUUACCCCGAAAGAGCUUGGAACGUAGAAAGAUAAUAGAAAAGUUACGAAACAAAGGAAAUUACGAACACAACCAAGAGGUGUUGAAGAGUCGCAGUGGAGAGCUGAAAGUGGGAAGAAAACUAGACAGCAACAAAAAAGUGGCAACUUGCAUACAUUGCACACGCAUGUAUGCCCGUAAGCUAAUCUGGCGACACAUGCAGAACUGUCCUUCAAAGAUGUUCUCAAAGCCUCCAACAGGUGGCAGAACUCAAAUCUUAUCUUUGGUUGCUGCAACAGGGUUAACGGACCCCCAACAAAUCUCAUCAGGUGUGAAGAAGAUGUUAAAAAAGCUGAAGAAAGAUGAGGUCGGCUCUGUUGUGUGGAAUGAUCCUUAUUUACUACAGAUGGCACAGUGUCUGUACUACUUGAGGGAAGAGAAACGAACAUAUCAGUACGUCAAUCAGAAGCUGAGGCAAAUGGCAAGACUCCUGCUGACACUGAGGAAAAAGUCGAUCAGCAGCUUUGAAGAGGCCACCAAGCCCCAGAACUUCAGCAAAGUUGUCGAAGCCGUCCAAGAGCUCUCUGGUUUCAAUGAAGUCUCAAAGUCCUGCAACAGGCCGAGCCUUGUGUUUAGCUUGGGGAUUUCCCUCAGGAGGAUUGCUGACAUUAAAUACGGCAGAGCUUUGAGACAAGACGCUGACAAAGAGACGGUACAAGAAGCCGAGACGUUCAUGAAACUGUGUGCUAAAGAAUGGCCCACCGUCUCAUCAGGCACACCGCCAAAAGUCACCAGUCCGUCCACCAUACCGUUCAUACAGGAUGUGCAGCUCUUCUACCAUUGCCUGGACAACACGGCAGCUUCUGCAGUCGAAAGUCUGAUGAUGUAUGCAUGCUCCCCGGUCUACACUGCCCUUCUCAGAGUGACGGCUGCCUAUGUGGCGAUCUUUAACAAAAACCUGGGGGACGUUUCAAGAAUAACCGUCCAGUCAUUCAAGGAAAGGUCUGAGACUGAAGUUCAGGAAACUGCUCCCGUCUCCCAGCCACGGUUCGAGCAAAUUCUGUCCAAGAACACAGUGACGAUCAAAGUUGCCAGCAACACUGGCAAAGAAGUUGCUCUUACUUUGACGUCUGACCUGCUCUCAGCUCUAACGCUGCUUGUGAACAAGAGGGAGACAUGUGGUGUGCCUGAAAGCAAUCCGUUUUUGUUUGCCAGACCUGUUGCUGGAAGCUCAAGCUUCUACCAUGCAAAACAGUGUGUUUGCAUUUUCACCACUCGCUGUGGUGCCAAAAGCCAGGAGGACCUCCGGUCGAUAUAUUUUCAGAAUCACAUUGUUAGAAUUUUCAAGAUUCUCAGCCUCACGAAUGAUGAACUUGCUGAGCUCGCCAAGCUGUUGGGCCGUAACAUUCAGACCGACAGGGACUAUUACCAGUCGGCAGAGGCAGCUGCUGACAUUGCCAAACUCUUAGAGCUACUGUCUGCAAUGGAGAAUGGGACUCAUGAACAAUUUGAAGGAAAAUCUCUUGAGGAAAUUGAGAUUCCAGAUCAGUUGGUGCCAUUUGUGGAUCCAAACAGUCCUGGAAACGGUGACGCUGAGGAGAACAAGGAAGAAUCAGGAGCUUCUCUCGGUCGGUCCUCCUCCAAAGGCUUCUUUUCAAAAGCGAGGAGAAAGAGUGGGGUUUCUUCCUCGAGUAAAAGUGGCCGAGGCAGGAAGAAGAAGCAGGAGACUGAAAACGAGCAGAACAACGAUAAAACCAAUGAGGUGAACGCAGCAGAGAAAGACGACCGUUCGGACAACAUGCCAGAGAAACCUGCCGUCAGCACACCGGAGGAGACGGCGACUCGUCACAAAGCAGAAGAAACCAACAUUUAUUUCAGCGACGACGACGUGGACAUGAACGUGGACUUUGACAUGGACAUAGACACGGAUGACGAUGUCAGAAAUGAGGAAAACGAUGGCGAUCGUGACUCAAAUGGCUCUGCGGCAAAGCCUGUGAUAACAGAAGGAAAAGACGCAACAACAGAGGAGAAGGAAGACACCUGUCUGAACGAGCACAGCAGCGAUGGAGAGUUUGGGGAGAUGAUGGACCACGUGGAGGACGACUACUCAGACAGAGAACAUGAAGAACAACAUGAACGUACGGAUGCUGACAGCAGUGGUUCCUCUGCUACUUUGAUUACAGAAAAGAAGAACAACUUAUCAGCAGCACUGAUGGGGAUGAAAAAAGUGAAGAUAUUGAUCCCCAAACUGGACGCUAUGAAGCUGCGGACUACAGUGCUCGUUUCCCAAUUUGCGUCUUUGAGUAACAAGAGACUGGCGACAGAGCAGAAGAUCGAUGAUGACAAGAAACCUUGUGAAAGACCUUCGACACCCACUGAGGACACAAAUGAAGCCAGCAGUGAAAAGGAAGUGCACAUGAACUGCUCGAACUGCAAAAAGAGCAUGGUGAAGGGGCAAACCGCCUACCAGAAGAAAGGCUUCACAGACAUCUUCUGCUCCAAGACCUGCCUGUUUGAAAUGUUUCCGCCCAACAGAGCAGCCGCUAGGAUGUGUCAUUACUGUCGGAAGGCGAUAACUCAGCUUCUGGACCUCAUCAUGGCUGCUGUGGAUGUUAAAGGAACUAUGAAGGACUUCUGCAGUCCAGUCUGCCUGUGUGCUUUUAAAUCGUGUCCUGUUCCACCCCAAACCCCACCGUCCCUCUGCAGCAUGUGCAACAUGCCCUGCACUGUCGCGUGUACGUUGACCCUGAAUCAAACUGUGCACAAGUUUUGCAGCGACGACUGCUUGGACGGUUUCCAGAGGGAAAACGGAUUCAUCUGUGAGAACUGCAGCAACACCUGCAACGACAAGCCGCUUGCGCUGAUGCUGGAGGACGAAACCAAAACCCUCUGCAGCGCCGAUUGUCUGGAUGAGCUCAAAGAGAAUAUGGCGACGUCCCAGCCCUGCACCAUGUGCUGCUGUUCUCGAACGGUGUCCGACAUGGUCAACUACAGGAACAGGGAAAACGUGGUGGAGCUCUUCUGCAGCCGCACAUGUGUGACGUCCUACAAGCUACGACCAGAAGCUCUGCUCAGUCUUGAAGGAAAGAAAAUUUCACUUCAGUCCAGGAAGAAAAAAGACCAGCAGUCAAACACUGAGGACACCGAAGUCGGUUCGGACUCUCCCAUGCAGGAAAAUGGAACUUCUACAGCUGCUGGAGCAGACCUCAAGCUGAGGGUCACGACAGCAGAAAGAAUUGUUUACUGUCACAAGUGUGGAAAGAAGCUGCCGAAAGGACAGUUCGUUUACAGGACGUACCGCUCGCAGAAGGUUUUCUGCUCUGAAGUUUGCUGCCGCGAAGGUCAUCUUGACGCAAACACGGUCACAAAGAAGUGCUACAACUGCUUUCAGCCGAUAACUCGACCUCAGAACAUCAUUCUGGCUCAGGUAGAUGAUUCAGGAACCAAGAAGCAGUUGUGCAGCAACACGUGUCUCGCCUCCGUCAAAUCCAAGAGGAAAGUCGCUGCUAAACCGCCGCCGAAAGAGGGACGUCGUUCAGAAUGCCGGAUGUGCGCCAAAUAUUGCCGAUGUAAGUUCAGCCUGAAGCUGGACGGCGUCAUCCACAAACUCUGCAGCGACUCCUGCUUCAUCAGUUACCACAAAGCCAACAACCUGCCUUUAGCCUCCUGUGACAUCUGCGACUCUCCCUGCCUUGACGACCGACCCGAGCUGAAGGUGGAUGACGGUGGCAAGAACGUCUGCAGCGAUGCGUGUCUGCUCAAAUUCAAAGAGAAAGUUGAGGCGCAACGGCUCUGCCUCAUGUGCCAGACGUCUCAUCACGUGUCCGACAUGGUUGAAAACACAAACAGCGAGGGCACAUUGGAGUUAUUCUGCAGCAACAGAUGCAUGAUGGUGCACGGCGCUCAGACCGCUGCUGUGUUUGAAAAGAGGAGCCCUUCGCCUGAAGAGAUAAACGUUGAAGAAGUGAAGCCAUCGCUCCCGAGUCUGAAAUGUAUAAAAGAAGAGCCCAUGGAUGAGGACAACAGCCAGAGUCUCCCAACUUCUGCAUCUCAUCAGGACAUCAAAAAUGAGCCGAAUGUUUCAAAGGAGGACUUGCAGAUCGGUUCUGUUUUCUCUUUGACCGAAGACUCCAAACCCUUGGAGCCGACUGUGGCCCCCACGGAUCUGUUUGCGUCCUGCUCCAGCUGCAGAAAUGUCCUGAUGGACGGAGAGACUGUUUUCCAGAGGAAAGGCCACCAGGAAAUAUUCUGUUCCUCCUCCUGCCUUCUGAAAUUUUUCCAGAUGAAGCCAGUGAAGAAGACGUGCCACUUCUGCCUUCAGGCGAUAACGCAGCAUCAGGACGUCCUCCAGGCCUCGGUGGAUAACGACGGGACUGAAAGGGAUUUCUGCAACCAGACCUGCUUGUCCUCCUUCAACUACAAGAGCAGCGCGUCGACCAAAAUCCCCAUCGUCCCCGUCUCAUCGCAGUCACAGUGCAGCAUGUGCAGCAGAUACUGCAUCAGUAAAAAGGAGAUCAUCCAGCAGGGCGUCGUCUACAAGAUCUGCAGCGAUCCCUGCUUCCUCCGUUUCUGCAACAUGAACAACUUGUCGGGCUGCGUGAACUGUUGCUCUCACUGCAACACGCCGCUCACGCUCAAGAUGAAGGACGGAAACAAAACGCUGUGCAGCGCAGAGUGUCUGGGCCAAUACAAGCAGAAAACCCAAACCCCAGAGCCGUGUGUGAUGUGCCAGACCUCGAAACCGAUGUCAGACAUGGUUGAAAACAGAAACAGUGAUGACGUGUUGGAGCUUUUCUGCUCCAGCAGUUGUGUGAUGUCUUCAAAGAUCCAGACGGUCAUUGCAGCAGGAGCCUCAAUGAAUUGUAACCACUGUAGUAAGACGUCAGUUCCAGCCUGUCAUCUCGCCAUGUCGGACAACUCCAUCAAGAACUUCUGCACUCUAACGUGUGCCAUGGCCUUCAAGAGCAAGAGAGAACUCGCUGCUUCCAGCGACUCGGCAGGAGCCUCCAAACCUCCAGAGAAACUGCUGUGUGCUCAGUGUGGACGCAUCAUCAAAACUACACCCAAAGUCAUCCAGAGAAAGGACAAGGUGGACUUUGUGUGCAGCCUGGCCUGUUCACAGGAGUUUAAGAAGGCCAACAACAUCACGGGAACCUGUGAGUACUGUAAGAACGUCAGGAUCGUCAAGGACGUGAAGAGGGUCGAGGGCGAAGACUGUUGCUUCUGCAGUGACAGCUGCAGGGUUCUCCUUCAUCACGACCUGGAAAAGAAAGAAGGUCAGCGCUACUGUUCGUGCUCCUACUGCCUCUCCAUCGCCAAGACUGUGGUGACGAAGCACAACGAAGGCACCGAGCAAGAGUUCUGCUCCAAAGAAUGCAGCAAAAACUACAAAAACCUCCAGAACCACGGUGCAAAAUGUGACGCCUGCGGCUGCAAAGGGAAGCUGAAGCAGAGUCUUCCGAUGGUGGGAGAAGUCAAACACUUCUGCGACCUGAAAUGCUUGCUGCACUUCUGCAAUAACGAAGUCCACAUGGGCGGCACAGCUUCUCCACCUUCUGGCUCUGCAGCGACAACACAGUCCUCUCCCGUCAUCACCAGUGUCAUUUCACUGGCCAGCGCUCUGUCUAUGCGACAGAGAGCUUCAGCAAACUCGCCACAGAUCGCCUCCAUCGCUGACAUUCAAACGAAGGUUGUUGGACACGCCAGCGUUCAGACAGUCCCCAAAGAACUGAAGAACAAAUCGAUGCUCUGCACGCCGCUGGUGCACAACAAAGGGACCUCGUGUACAGUAGAGACGACUGAAACUGAGGCACAAACAGAUGAAGUUGAUCCCAAAGUCGUGGUCCUGCCCAUCACGGUGCCGGUGCCGGUGUUCGUUCCCUUACCGAUGAACAUGUACAGUCAGUACACACCACAGCCUGUUGGCCUGCCCUUACCGCUGCCCGUACCUUUGUUUCUCACUGCGACGCCGGACGACUCUGAAACGACGGUUAAAGAGAAGACGCAGCCUGAAUCCGUCACGCCUGAGACAGAAACUCAACCAACAGAGAGAGAAGGUGGCCCGAAGGACAGAGAGGUGACAAAAGAGGGAGAAAGACAAGAAAAAGAGCCUGUUGAUGAUCCCACCAGAAGCCACUGUGACGACGCGGAUGCAGACGAUCCGACCACCUGCAACGACCAGGAGGACUUGUUCUCGGUCGCCAGCCCCGGCUCCAUCAGCCCCGCACCGAACUCACCGAUGUCCCCGAUCCGUGCUCCUUCACCGCUACAACCAACUCCGGCGAAAGUCCACAGUAAGAACAAGGACUUAAAGCUGCAGAAGUCUAAGAAAUCUGAAGAGGAAACAUCUCAAAGGGACACUUCUGUGGUCACGCCCAAGAAAAGCCACAAACUGAAGCGGUAUGGAGUCGAAGCCUGGAAGAGGUGGAUCCGCUGGAGAGAAUCACAAACCAACCCGGGCCCUGUUUCCUCUCAUCCUGUCAGACUGAAGGCGGACAUUCAUCGCUGCUCUGCGGUUGACCUGAGCGACGGCCUCUAUCGCUUCAUCAAGGAGGUGAAAAAACCAGACGGAGAACCGUAUACCCCCGACGACCUGUUCUACCUCUGCCUCGGCAUCCAACAGCAUCUGUUAGAAAACGGUCGAGGGGAGAACAUCUUCACUGACGCGAUCUACAACAAGUUCUCCACAAAGCUCACCAAACUCCUGAAACAUUUCGAGCCGUCAGUCGCAUCCAACGGAUACGUCCAGCCCCGGGUGAAGGAGGAGUUUCUGUGGGACUGUAGGCAGCUGGGAGCGUACUCCCCCAUGGUCCUCCUCAACACUCUGAUCUUCUUCUGCUGCAAAUACUUCGGCUUCACCACGCUGAAGCAGCACCGCCAGCUGUCCUUUGCGCGACUCAAACGUUGCACCAGAACCAACCCGAACGACACCAAAACCAACGUCCUGCGCCUUUACCUGCCCAAAGAAGCAGAGUCAGAUGCAGACGGCGUUCCAGCUAAGAAACGAAAGAAAAACGAGAGUGAAGAGGAUUUCCUGGAGAUGCUGGAAAACCCAGAGAACCCUCUUCGCUGUCCGGUUAGACUCUACGAGUUCUACCUCUCCAAGUGCGUUGAUUCGGUGAGGCGGCACAGCAAUCUGUUCCACCUUCAACCAAAAGGCUGCUGUUAUCCCAGCAGCCGCCAGUGGUUCACGUCCAGCCCGCUGCAGGACUCCAUCAUGGAGGCCAUGAUCGUAAGAAUCUUCGCCAUCCGAGAGCUUCAGAGAUCGCAGUAGGAGCCGUCCUGCAGUCGUCAGGGUGAUUUAUUGGUGGUGAAGUAGUAGCACCUUCCUCGGUGGUGCUCCCAGCCUUCUUCACAUUUUGGACACGGAUCAUCUUGGAUGAGAUGACAAGAAGUCAGUGUGGACGUGUGUGUGAUUUGGAGGCAGCAGCAGUUUGGAGGAUACAGAGCUCAAGCUUUUAUCGAGACAAUAAGAGAAAAGCAACAAGGUGAUUGUCCUUCACAGGCGCAGGUAAAAUCUAAGCUGAUAUAGAUCUGUCAGUCCAUCAGUGUAGGUGUAAAUUUAAGUCCAUAACACCACUGAUCAGGUGUUUCAUUGUGGUGAGACUCUUUGGGCCAGAAUCUCAGUACUGCAGUGUGAGUAUCUGCUAAGUGACGUCAAAGACCCUAACCUCUGAGAUGCAAGUUCCAGUUGGGGAAAAAAAAAGAAAAGCCAAACCCAUAACCUUACAGGGUGUCACUUCAGGAAGCUGUGAAGUUGUCGGCUGCACAGUGCUGUCUGGUUGUGUUUCUGUUUGUGAAAGAGGAUAAAAAAAAACACCUAUUUGUGCUCUUCACUUGUAAACCGAGAAGCUCCAAAACCUUUUCAUACUUGAGUCACAUGUUGAACACAAACAUGAAAAGAAAUCACUGGAAAAUAGAUGAACGUCUGUCAUCAGUUGAGCUAAAUACGGUUGUAAAGAAUGCAGAGUUAAAGCAGAACGAGUCACAUGUUGAAGUGUUACAGAAGCCUCGAACGUUCUGGACAGUUUCAAACCCUGACAGUCUGACCUGUGAGCAUUUGGCGUAGAGCUUCAUUCUCCUCCUUCAGAGUUUGGAGAGUUUUCUUCUUUUGCCAGUUGUCAAAAGCUGAUUUAAAUGAAAAAGUCAGAGUGAUCAUGUUUGUAGAAAAUAAAGCUUUUGUUGAUUUCAUCAGUUCAUUUUUUAACAUUUUUAUGAAAGUAAAAACAAAACAUUGUUAAUAAAGGUUGACAUGAUAAGGGGC